GGUGUUUUGUUUAGAAAGCGUUUUUUGUUUGGUAUCUUCUCUCCUCAUUUUAUUCCAAAAAAAAAUCACCACUUGACAAUAAUAUCAUCUUAUUCCAAAAAAUUGAUAACUAAAACAUUCUUAAAAGGAUGGAAAAUGACGUGAGACAGUUUAUAGAGUGGCUAAUUAGUGUAGGAUGCCCAACUAAUCUAAUUCCUAGCGAAAAUAAGAUAAAAAAAACGAAUCGAGCUCAAAUGCUUCCGCUUAAGGAUAUUAAGGAACGUUUUAAGGCUGCAACAGAGGUCCAGAUCAUUCGACAAAAGAAUUUACGGGUAGAUCUCUGCAAAAUAAAGAAGUGGAAUUUCUUGAUUGCAGACAAAAGAGAAAUAUCUUGGGAAUAUUGGCAGUAUGAUAAAUUAAAUUCUACAAGAAGGGAUAUAAAAAGGAUGGAAAAUACUAUUGAAGAAUUGAAAAGCGAUUAUGAAUGCACAAUGCAGCAACUAGCUGUAAAGGAUGCUUUAAAACAAAAGCAAAAAGGGAAAGUAAAGGAGAAUAUUACAAAAAUGCAUUUACAUGAAGUGAAUUACUUGACAUUGAGCGAUCAAAUAAAAGAUGUUAUGAAGUCUUUAGAUGAUUGUGAUUAUGCUAUGAGUCCAUUACCAAGUAGCAAGGAUGUUUAUAAUGGCACAGUGCCUGUAAAACAAUUAAGUACUCGCUUAGAAAAGUACUACACCGAAUCAAUGGCAAAUGAGGAAAAAUCGGAAAAUGAAGAGGAUUUUAAAACGGUUUUAUGGACUGAUAUUUCUGAAAUUUUAAAAGGCUAUCCCAAUUCCGUGAUUUGCAUUGAGAUACUUCAAAAAUUAAAAUCUUUGAUGGGAUCAACAAAAAGUAUUUUAGAAGAAAAUAGAAAAAUUUUAAGUAAGAAGAAAAAUCCUCUUCGUGAAUACAAUAUUGGCUUGAACGACUUUCUGGUCAAUCGGUUAAGACUUCUAAUUCACAUUAAAUAUUACAAUGCAAAGUUGGAAGCUGCUACUAAAAAUUACAUCAGCGACUACAACACCUUUCAAGUCACACUGUCUAAUAAAAUAUAUCACUUCAGUCCGCAGUAUAUCUUAAAUUAUCUAAAGACAUUGGUGUUGAAUGCGGUAUAUCAGGGAAAAAUCGCGCUAUUGGAAAGUGAAUACAAUAAGUAUCAGAAUUGCUCUCUGGAAGAUUGGAUAACACUUCAGCAUGAAAAAGUGGUCAAAGAUGUGCGAGAUUCUCGCGAAAAGUUUCUAUCGGAAGUCAAAAAUGUUGAAACGAGCAUUGCCAUCUCGAAGCAAACUCCUUUGAAGCUGAAGAACGUUGUCCGACUUCUACGAUCGCAGAUUGUUGGAUUGAAGAAGCAAAUUGCACACGAUGAUAAGAAGAAAGAUAGCAUAAGGACCUUGAGAGCGAAUAGAUGUAUUGUGGAUGCAACAUUUCAGAAAUGUCCUGCAGGAUCUGAUGAACUUGAGGAUGGAAAUGAGAAUUUAGUAAUGAUCGAGAAAAUACCACCACCAGAUGAUCUUGACAUAUCAUUGCCUAUCACAGAAGGAGAUUGUAAAAACUUCGCUCAAAAUAUCCUCAGAAGUGAAGUUUCUAUUAAGAAUAUCCUGUCGCAAACGGAAAUACUUGGGACACAAAUUGGUGAUUUGCUCAAUGAUGGCCAAAGAUGCUGCGACUUUUUGAUAGAUAAUCCAAUGAGAAAUUAUGUGCCACCUGAAAAGAAAGUUAACGGACAUACUUACAAGGAAUACGAAACGGAAUUCAUGUUGCACUAUCGUCAAAUAGCGGAAAGUGAAUAAUGAAAUUUGUUUCUUUUUCGACUAGAAAUUUAUUUACAUUUUUAUUACAUGCAUUCUAUUCUCAA